AUGGGAUGUGCCUUUUUCAAGUUGUGUCCAGAGUGGGGCGUUUAUAAAACUGCUAGUGGCAAACUCGGUACCUCAGCGUCAGAAUCAAGCCCCUUACUGAAUGGCGACAGUAAGAAAAAGAUAGCUGAAAACGAACAUCUUUCCCAGACGCCGGGUAAAGCUACGCGGGAAAACCAUGGGAAUGUUAUAGAACAAUCGGAAAUAACGAAAGAUUUUCUGGAACAAGAACAAUCACCGCAGUUGUCAGCCAAGUCAGCUGAGAACAUAAAUACAAGUUUCAACAGCGACAAAAUUUCAGAAAACGAUAUUGCGUCUCUUUCAUCCUCUUUGGCAUCAAACUGCCCCAGCACACUACAGGCAGGCAGACAGCCAGAUUUUUUAAGCAAUACUUCUACUGCAAAUGACUGUAGUGAGGAUGCGAUCACCCAUAAACGCAGUAUAAGUACAGAUGAAACGGAGACGUCUGUACUCAGUACCGCGAAGGAUUACCAUUUUCCAGAUUUUCAAACUGAGCAAGUUCUGAAAGUUCUGAAGGAAUACCAAGAUCUGGUUGAAGAGUGUGCAGUCUUGAAAACCAGAGUUCAAGCAAUUGAAGCUGAAAUAGAAAUGGAACGAAUGCGGAAAUCUGAACAGUUAGACAACCUCCAGAAACAAUUUGCAGAAGUGAAUUCAAAAUACCAUUUUCUGCAAAAGAAGUCCAAUCUGAUGCUGUUCCUGUCUGGUAUUCCUCUGUUGGUGCUUGUGUUUGCAGUUAUGUUGAUCAUCUAUCCUGUCCUUGGAACGGUUACUUCCGCUCCAUCAUAG